AUGCGUGCAAAGUGUCCCCAUGGCAGGCGUAGGUAUCAGUGCAAAGAUUGUGGGAGAAUUCAUAUUUGCGAACAUGAAAGGGUGAGGCUCUAUUGCAAAGAUUGCAAUGGAGGUCGGUAUUGUGAACAUGAAAGGGUGGAGUAUCGCUGCAAAAAAUGCAGGGGCAGCCAGAUUUGCCGUCAUGAAAGAAGGAUAUCCCAAUGCCGGGACUGCGGAGGAAGUCAGAUUUGCCCCCAUCAAAGGGUGAGAUCCACCUGUAAGGACUGCAGAGGUGGAAGCAUCUGCGGCGAGCAUGGUAUGCGAAGAUCAGAGUGCAAAGAAUGCUGUUGUGGAAAUAUCUGCCACCAUCAAAAACAUAGAGCAAUCUGCCCCAUUUGCAACCCUACCGGGCAUCUGACCGGUGGUGUAAGAAGCUAA